UACAGAGAUAUGCUUCUUGAAUCAAAUCCAGGAAGCACUUGUGUGGUGAAAGUGACAAAUUGUGAUGAUGGAAAAAAACUCUUUCAUUCCUUUUAUAUUUGUUUUUCAGCUUUGAAAAAAGGAUUCAUUGAGGGUUGUAGAAAGUGCAUUGGGUUAGAUGGUUGCUUUUUGAAGGGAAUAUCUAAAGGCCAGCUACUUGUUGCUAUUGCAAAGGAUGGGAAUAAUCAGAUGUUUCCAAUAGCAUGGGCUGUUGUUGGAACUGAAAGUAGAGAAACUUGGACUUGGUUUUUGAGAAUCUUGAAAUCUGAUUUGGACAUUAAUGAUGAAGGAGAAGGAUUGACUAUCAUAAGUGAUAUGCAAAAGGGAUUAUAUUUAGCUGUUUAGGAGUUGCUUCCAGAAUGUGAACAAAGAAUGUGUGCAAGACAUAUACUUGCAAAUUGGUCAAAAAACUGGAAAGGUGUUGAGGAAAGAAAGAGGUUUUGGGCUUGUGCUAGAUCAACAUUUGAAGCUGAACUCAGGAAGAACUUGGAUAAAUUAGCACAAUUAGGCAAAGAUAUUUCUAAUGACUUGGUAAACUUCAAUCCUAAUAGAUGGUCCAAAGCACAGUUUAGGACAUCCUCAAAAUGUGACAGUGUGGAUAACAAUAUGGCUGAAAGUUUUAAUGCUUGGGUGUUGGGUGCUAGGCACAAGACUAUCAUCAGUAUGCUUGAAGAAAUAAGGAAAAAGGUAAUGAAUAGAUUCACUAAAGUGACAACAUUUGUAAAUAGUUGGACUCAUGACAUUUCUCCA